CAUUCUUCGAAAAGUCGACAUUUGACGUUUUGAAUUGCAGUUUGCAGUAUUUCUGCUUGCGAUUUGUUUAAUAAUUUUGUGCGGAACGGAUUAUUUUUCCCUGCUGCAUCGAGCAUGGGGAUUGUCAUAAAAUUUAAGUUUAAUUUCAAGAGACUUCUCUUUAUUGACAGUAAUUAUAGUCUAGGUUACAUUUGAUCUGUAGUUAAAUUUUUUCAUUUUCGUUGUCGCGUUCGCUUUUCUUUUUUUCUCAACAUGGUGUUUGUACUACAAAGCUUAUUUUUUAGUUCACAUUUCGGUUAAGAAGAUCCGCGUAGUAUAUAAAUAGUUGUCUAGUUAAUUUCAAGAUUUUCAAAAUGGUGAAAGAAAAACCGAAUUCUACUCGUAUAUAUGAUGCAGAUGGAUUCAAAAGAAGGGCUGCUUGCAUAUGCGUGAAAAAUGAUUCAGAAGAUCAGGUAUUGAUGGUAACUUCGUCGAAGCGACCCGAUCAGUGGAUAUUUCCAGGAGGUGGAGUCGAACCUGAGGAAGACUCGAGUGUCACCGCAGUAAGAGAAGUAGCCGAAGAAGCCGGCGUGACCGGGAAAUUAGAUCGAUUCUUAGGCAUCUUUGAGGUACGAAAUAUCGAAAGGAAACAUCGUACGGAGGUUUUCGUUAUGGUUGUCACCGAAGAAUUGCCCGAAUGGGAAGACUCCAUUAGAAUAGGUCGUCAGAGAAAAUGGUUCACCGUCGAGGAUGCUCUGAAACAUUUGCGUUUGCAUAAACCCGUACAGUUAACGUACUUGGAAACGCUGUUAACGUGUAAUCGGAGACUAAACAAAGUUUCAUGACAUAAACGCCAUUCUAUCUGAAUAAUAAUCAUCAUUGAAAAAAAUUAAACAAAUUUCCAUUAUUAAUUAGAUUAUCAUUUUUUCUCUCAUAUUUUGUUUUCUUUUUCGUAUUACUUUUUCUUCUUUUUUUAUUUAAAUUUCGUAUACGUUUAAGAUUGCUUUUCGGUAUUAUUUACGUAAUUUUUUUAUACGACGCGAAUUUUUCAUUGUACGAAAAUUUAGGGAGAGAAAACGUGAAAAAAAACUAUAAAAAUUACGUAUAUUUAUCUUUAAGUUUUUUCUGUUACUGAUUUUAAUUUUUUAUGUAUUAUUUUUAAAUCACGUUGAUGUACCUUACGCAUUUUUUUCCGUUCAUUUAUUUUCACCGGAGUUAUUGAAUCGCGACUUAAUGAUGCAUGUAGGAAAUUCGAGUUAAAUGGAGUUUUUUGUUUUUUGUUUUUCACAUGAAUUACGUUCACGUGCGUUGUAGUACAUAGUAUGUUUUUGAAGCUUCUCCGGUUUACGAAGAAUAUCUUUUCGUCCAACUCAACUACAAUAAUAAAAUAUGUAUCACGUUCGUUUUAAAUACGCGAACGUGACUGUACCUUAUUGCGCUGGUACCAAAUAUAGGUAGAGGUACCUUGACCAAAGUAUUUAGAUAGGUAUGUAUUUUGCUUCAAACGAUUUUACCAUGAUUUAUGAUGAGAGAAGAAGAAAAAAAAGACCGAUGACGAACGAAAUGAUAUUCUUCGUAAUACGUAUCGUAUAAAAUUUUUCGUAUUACAUAUUUCCCUGAUUUCGAGACUAUAAUUUUCGAGUAUUAUUAAUUAUAUAAGAUUUAAAAUCGAGUAAUUAUUUGGCAUACCACAAUAGCCUACGUCCCUAAUUAGUACUUGUAUGGUUCAUUGUUGUAACCUGCAGACAUAUUUAUACGAGAUCUUGAAGAUGGAUUUUUUUUUUUUUUAAAUAUUGUAUCAAAUUAACAACAGCGCUGUUUACAUACAUAUUACGAGUAUAAUUCGGUAUUUCUGUUGACAGUUCCAUUUUAUAAUAUUUAAUGUUGUGAAAUGUCGAUUUUGUGAUAGUAGCCAUUUUUUUUUCUUUCUUCGUUUUCAAAAGACGAGCGAUCGUAUUUUUAAUUUAAAUGUAUUACGAUAACGAUUGAAAUUUAUCAUUAUUUAUUUAUUUAUUUUUUUAAAAAAAAGUAACGGGUACUUGGCACGAUUUUCAUUUCGCUAGGUAACUUCAUACUGCAGCGGCGUUUGUGAUUUUAAUUUUACAUAUUACGAUAAUUUUUUGUUAUUGCCGGUCUGAAAAAUAAGCGUUGGAAUGCGAACGACCUGCCGAAUCGAUUUAAUUACUUUGUUUUAUACUACAAGUACGAGAAGUGCAGUCAAGUUGGUUUUAGAAACAAGGCGUUUUUUUCUGCGGUAGUCAAAUCGAUAGCGAGUCGUGUUUUAGUUAUUGUUUAUUAUCAAAUGACUCCGAUGUAGUCGACCAAUAAUGAGCUUUUAUUAUAAAUGGGUAUGAUUAAAUUAUUUUUAUAUCUCA